GUGGGUUGAACCUUUCAUUAAUAAAACGAAGCCCAUUUCAACCCACCAAAACUUUAAUUAGACGACUACUCCCAACAACCACCGCCCGCCGAAGCUCCGACGAUUUCAUUUCAGCUUGGGGCUUUAGAUUUUUAAAGAAUGACUGCUGUGGCUACUAGUGCUCUUUAUCAAUCCUUCAGCUCAAAAGUGAUAGAUAGAUAUGGUUCCCUUUCUCAUUCUUGCAAGAGAUUUCAAGAAUUAUCCAUUAUAUCACCUCCAGAUGGUUUUCGGGGCGAUCACAAGGGCUAUGUAGGAGAAAGGAAUGGCUAUAGACUAGCUAGAUUGCACUUUUCCCGUUCAUCAUCAAAAUGCCAGGCAACACGGCUGCAUCCUGUUUCGUCCGUUUCCUCUAUCAAGAAUCAUUCGUAUAGUUCUCAGACUGCAGAGAACGAGUCUGUUUUGAUAUUGAUGCGGCAUGGAGAGUCAAUGUGGAACGAGAAGAAUCUUUUCACUGGCUGUGUUGAUGUCCCCUUGACGAAUAGAGGAGUGGAAGAAGCAAUCGAAGCUGGGAAGAGAAUUAGCAACUUUCCUUUGGACAUAAUCUACACAUCAGCAUUGAUCCGUGCUCAAAUGACAACUAUGCUUGCCCUCACACAGCACCACUGCAUGAAGGUUCCUAUAAUUAUGCAUCAUGACGAGACUGAACAAGCAAGGAUAUGGACCCAAAUUUAUAGUGAAGACACUAAGAAGCAAUCUAUUCCCGUCAUCAAAGCAUGGCAACUGAACGAGAGAAUGUAUGGGGACCUACAAGGUUUCAAUAAGCAGGAGACAGCUGAAUUGUAUGGGAAGGAGCAAGUCUACAACUGGCGCAGAAGUUAUCAUGUUCAGCCACCAAAUGGGGAGAGCCUAGAAAUGUGCUUAGGGAGAGCUGUUGCCUUCUUCAAAGAUCAUAUUGAGCCUCAGCUUUUGAGGGGUAGACAUGUGAUGGUCGUAGCUCAUGCAAAUUCACUGAGGUCUAUAAUUAUGUAUCUUGAUAAGCUGAGUUCGGAAGAGGUUAUAAAUUUAGAGCUCUCAACCGGUGUGCCUAUGCUCUACAUAUAUAAAGAGGGACACUUCAUAAGGAGAGGAAGUCCUCAUGGAUCUUCUGAAGCUGGAGCCUAUGCUUAUACAGAGAGCUUGGCCGUGUAUCGACAAAACUUAGUCGAAACGCCCAAUAGUCAUGAGAAGAUAUCUGCAUAAUACUGUGUUACACAGUCUUUUUUUGUCAAUUUUUAUUAGAUUAUUACCUGCAAUUUAUGAAGGUUUAUGCUUAUUUCAAGGCCGCUUGUAAGUUAGGAAGAUACUGAUUUGCAUUCUUGGAUGAAUUAAUGUGUUCUCAAAUAAGUAAAUAUAUAUAGUUUGUUCAGUGCA